CGGUGAAUCAUGCCCGUACCCAGAGACGAGAUGGGUGACGCUCCUCUUAGCCGCACCCCCAUCCCCGUCCCGGCCUACUUCCGCCAAGCGGAAGAGAGCUUCUCGCUGAAGAAGAGGGGCCGGCCGCUCUGCUACACCCUCCCGCCGCGUCCUCCGGUGAAGUGCGUGCCCCCCAUCAGCCGACUCUUCCCCAACAAGCAACGAUCAUGGAGCCAGCCCCGCCCCCAGAGCGUGUCCUUCCGCAGCCCCCAACCCACCGCUCCCGACAGCCAACUGUACGACCACAGCAAAGGAGAGACCUUCUUCAGGCAGUGCUUCCAGAGUCUCUACAAACUGGGCCGAGGAUCUUUUGGGGAAGUGUAUAAGGUGCGGAGCCGGGAGGACGGGUGCCUGUACGCCGUGAAGCGUUCCGUGUCUCCGUUCCGCGGCGAGUCCGACCGCCAUUGGAAACUAGAGGAAGUGAGAAAACACGAACGCGUCGGAGGACACCCCAACUGCCUGCGCUUUGUGCGUGCCUGGGAGGAGAAACGCAUGUUGUACCUGCAGACGGAGCUGUGCGUGGGGAGCCUGCAGCAGCACUCCGAGGAUUUUGGUGGCCCUCUGCCCCCCCGACAGGUCUGGGACAUUGCGUGCGACCUCCUGAGGGGUCUGAAACAUCUCCAUGACCGCAAUCUGCUGCACCUGGACAUCAAACCGGCCAACGUCUUCAUCUCCUUCUCCGGGGUCUACAAGUUGGGGGACUUCGGGCUGAUGGUGGAGCUGGAUGGUGCAGAAGGGAACAAGGAGGCCCAGGAGGGGGACCCCCGAUAUAUGGCCCCGGAACUGCUGGAUGGCGUGUUCACCAAAGCCGCGGAUGUGUUCAGCCUCGGCAUGACACUGCUGGAGGUCGCCUGUAACAUGGAGCUGCCGAAGGGCGGGGAGAGCUGGCAGCAGCUCCGGCGGGGUCACCUUCCUACAGACUUCACCUCACAACUCCCGCCGGAUUUCCUGAAGGUUCUGGGUGCCAUGCUGGAGCCGGACCAUCGUUGCCGGGCCACGGUGGACUGGCUGCUCUCCCUUCCCGCUAUUUGUAGAGCCGAACGAUGGAGGAAAGUCGCCCUGACCGCGAGGAAAGUUCUCUCCAGAGUGCUCGCCGUCCUCCAGCUUCUCAUGUGGCUCAUGUCGGUGGUGUUCCACGGCCUGAAGCGCCCAGUGAUGUGGCUGUGGCAUUGGGGUAGGGGCAGCCCUCCUGUGACCUCCCCGCCUUCCUCUCCAUCGGCCAACCUGCUUGCCGAGAGCAGCCAAUCCAGCGAGUGGGACGAUGACAGCUUCGGGGACGAUGUGUUUGAGGUCCCGCCAAGUCCGCUGGCCAUCGCCCGGAGUCUCACCUUCCACGGACAGGAGUUCCCCCUCAGACGAUCUCCAGAUCUGAUUUCCCGGCCUUCUCUGGGCAGCACAUCAACACCUUGCAAAAUGUCACCUGACUACAGCACAAGGAAGAGGUCGGCAUUGACCCCGAACAUGAGCCGUAUCAGUCAGGACUCCCCGUGCAGUGAGAAGUCGGUCAGUCCGGACGGGACCUCCUCGGGAUUUAUAGAGGCCGAGGGGCCGCGCUCCUCCUUCCUCCCGCGUAAUCUCCUCACCAUGUUUGAUGAGACAUUGGAGAAAUGA